AUGAAUUUUUGGAUUUAAAUCAAAGAGGAUUAUAAAUUUAUACAAUGUAGAGAACAAGAAAUUUUGGAAAAUUAAGAUAGACUUUUCCAAUAAACUGGGAAAGUAUUAGUUUUCAACUUAAUCAUCUUUAGAUACGCCAUGGUGGGGUUCAAGUUCCAGAUACUUUAUAGAAGAAGAGCUAUUAAGAGUUUUAUUAAUAAAUUGUGUAAAAUUAUACAAUUUGA